GUCGCCAAACAACAACAAAUAAAAUCUCUAGCAAAACCAAGCCCCAACGUACGGAAAAAAGUCUUUCGGCGCGAACAGGAAAAGAACGCCUUUUUCUGAAUUCUGUUGGGGCAUUUUUACAUGAAAAUCGCGCGCUUGACUUGGCGGGUUUAGUUAAAAGCCGCGGGCAUACAUAAUUGGUGUUCGCUGCAAGAUUAAAUUAGUGCAGAGCGACGGUAAUUAAUUUGCAUUCAUCCAAAUAACCAAAAAUUUAUCGCAACAGAAGCAGAGAAGAAGAAGGAAGCAGAGGCACAAAAAGCAAAGACGAAGUUGACAUUGAAGUCGGAGCGCGUGUGUGGCUUGUGUGUGUGCGCGAGUGUGUUGGUGUGUGCGAAAUUCUUUUGUGUUAUUCUCUGCAAAAAGUCAAAAGUGUGAAAAAAAGUUGCAAAAUAAGCGAAAAGCAAAAUCCAAGUGCAAAUGCAAAACACUAGACGACUGCUGCUUCGUGCCAAUUCGAUGCUUUGUUAAAAAUCAAUAAAAUGCUGUAAUUGUUGCUGUCGCAAUUUCCGUCAACAAGCCGGAGGGGUGGUCUCUCUCGAGCAGUGUUCUCUAUCUCUCUCUCUUGUCGCUCGCCUUAUCGUGUUUGGCUUGUAGUUUUUAUCGUGUCCCGCAUUGGAGCGACUUUUAAUAAUACAAUUUAUCGCCUCUUUUCGGUUCACGCAAAGAAGGAAAGGAAGGGAGAGGUUUCCAGCUCAAAGGCAGAAAACGAGGCAGCACCACCCUUUGCUGGACGGUCGAGUAACUAACUAAUCGCAAUCCCACCACACCAAUUAGACACUCCGACUGCACACGAGAAACCAUCCAAAAUGGUGGACUAUUAUCAGGUUCUGGAUGUGGCGCGCACAGCCACCGACAGUGAAGUGAAAAAGGCCUAUCGAAAACUAGCACUGAAAUGGCAUCCGGACAAGAAUCCCGACAAUCUGGAUGAGGCCAACAAACGUUUUCGCGAGCUCUCCGAAGCCUACGAAGUCCUAUCCGAUGCACGUAAGCGCAGGAUCUACGAUGCCCGUGCCACGCUGCACAAAUCCUCGGCGAGCAACAGCAGCAGCAGCAGCUACUCCCGCUAUCGCAGCAGCAACAGCAGCAGCGGAGGCGGAGGCGGAGGCAGUGGCUAUGGCUAUGGCUAUGGUUCCACGGGCUAUGGCCGUGACUACGACUAUGACUACUAUCCGAGCAGCGGCCGAAGGUCCGGCAACCGCUACCAGGCGUUCACCUUCCGUAACUUGUUCGAGGGCACACCAUUUCACAAGCUCUUUGAGAAGAAACGUCGCAUCUAUGACGAGUACGGGAAGGAUGGUCUGGGCGAACGCGGCCAGAGCCGCAACUCUCAUGCCCGUCAUCAUUACAACACACACGAGUUUGUGGAUGACUUUGAUAUUAUGGGCGGCUUUCCGUUCGUUUUCCGACCACCAGAGGAGGUCUUCCGCGAGUUCUUUGGCGUAAAUUCGCCCUUUGCCGACUUUUUCAGAGAUGCAAAUGGAUACACAAAUGGAACAACGAGCGGCGGCGGUGGCGUCGGUUCGAGCAGCAGUCGACGUCAUGGGUCCAGUGCUCCGGGCGUUGGAGGAGCAUCGCGCCAUCAUCAUCACCAUCACCAGCACAAAAUGGCCAGCCCUUUUGGGGCGCCCAUGCUCAACUACUCAAUGAUGGAUUUUUUUAUGCCCCCCACCAGCGGUUUCACCUCGUUCUCGUCCAUGACAGCUGGAAAUGGCAGCAGUGGCGUUACCCACAUCUCUGGUGGCCCCAAUGCAGCCGUUAAGCGCACCUCCACAUCGACGGUGUUUGUCAAUGGCAAGAAGCUGAUGACCAAACGGGUCAUCGAGAACGGCAAGGAAACCGUCUUUUCAUAUGAAAACGAUGUCCUUAAAUCAAAGACUGUGAACGGAGUUUCCCAAAAGCUCUCUUCAAUAUCUAAUUAAUGCAAGAAACAAAUAUAUAUAACAUAUACAAGCAGCGGCAGCGGCGAGCAACAACAACAACAGCAACAAUCAACAACAAAGAAAAAGUCAUAAAUGUAAAGGAAAAAAAUGAAAUGGAUAUGGAAAAAAAACAUUAACAACAAAACUCAAGAAGAACAUAUGAUUUCUUGAGUGCUUCGUUCGAUAGAUGGAGAUACGUUCAUUAAUUUUGUUCUACAUUAGAAUUUAGUUAUUUUUUAAUGGAAAGAACAGCAGCAGCCAGGAGCCGAAGCACACAAGAUGAAGAAGAAGAAGAUCACCAGAGCAGCAAGAGUGGAUAAAGGACCAAGACAACAUAAACAACAACAAAAGCAAAAGCAAAAACCGGCCAGGAGUCGAACCAAAAUUCAUUGUCAAUGCUAGUUAGAUUUUCAGCAAUUUGAUUCGAAAACUUGCCACACAUAAGCGAAAUUUGUAUAUUUUCUUGAUGGUGGUUUGUUUCGAGGCAAAAUGCCUGAAAAUAAUAAAAUCCAAAAUGAUUAGAACAGCUACUUAA